UUUUAGUUCCUCCACAAUACUAGGGCGCUUGCAGGAGUCGAUUGAAUAAACAAGGUGGAGCAAUGUCGUGUUUUAGGAAAUUAUGAACUAUGUCGUUGCAAGGCAGUAUUUCUAAUACAUUACGACGUUUUGGUCGCCGUUAUCAGUGCGCUUAGAGCUUAUUUGUUUAGUUUAACAACGCCUUACAGACGUGCAGUUCAUUAGAGGAAAAAGCAGUUUGCUGGCUAGUUUACCUAGCGAGCGGUUGUUUACAUAAUUUGACAUUAAGGUGAGAUAGCCACGUGGAGAAAUCACUAAUUAGACGGACUGUUUUGUCGUUUGGAGAGCAUGGCAGAGCUACACAUUGAAGCGAACGCGUGCGGCCUCAUGGAGCAGAGCGAGCACCGGGAGACCCGCGGCUCCGUUAGCAUGCGCCUCCCGUCGCCCAGCUUCGUUCUUCCAGCUCGGAGCGGUUCUGCAAGUCCGGGCCUGUCUGCGUCCAGAGCUGUGUUCGGCUUCCCGAUGAAAAGCAGCCCCACAUCCCCAUCAGAGUCCACAGAGAAACCGGGGUCCCGGUGGGUCCGGCUUAACGUCGGGGGCACCUACUUCAUCACAACCAAACAAACCUUAUGCAGGGAUCCCAAAUCCUUCUUGUACCGACUCUGUCAGGAAGACCCUGAUCUAGACUCAGAUAAGGAUGAGACAGGAGCUUAUUUGAUUGAUAGAGACCCCACAUACUUUGGACCUAUCUUGAAUUACUUGAGGCACGGAAAGCUGAUCAUCAACAAGAACCUUGCAGAGGAGGGUGUUCUAGAGGAAGCUGAAUUUUACAACAUUGCGUCAUUGGUGAGGCUGGUAAAGGAGAGGAUACGAGACAAUGAGAACAGGACGUCUCAGGGCCCAGUCAAACAUGUGUAUCGUGUACUUCAGUGCCAAGAAGAGGAACUCACUCAAAUGGUCUCCACAAUGUCUGAUGGGUGGAAAUUUGAACAGCUUAUAAGCAUUGGCUCCUCUUACAACUACGGAAAUGAGGACCAAGCAGAGUUUCUGUGUGUGGUUUCCCGGGAACUCAACAAUUCCACUAAUGGUAUUGUUAUUGAGCCAACUGAGAAGGCUAAGAUCCUUCAGGAGAGAGGUUCCCGGAUGUGAGGAGACCUUCUUCGCUGUGCUGACACAGAUUUCCCCCAUCUCCCCUCUUCUCCUCUAGUCUCCCUUCUUUAACCAUACAGCUGACUCCAUCAGCUCACAUGGCUGCCCUUCCUUUUUAUCACCCUCCUCCCUUGUGCCUUUCCACAGUGGGGGUGUCCCCCCCCUCCCUGCAGUGCUGCAACAUUGCCCAUCCAGCACCAUCACCUGAGAUCACUGCUGUUAUCAAAAAUGUAAAAAAUGCUACAAAGUUAGUUGAUCCGUGUUGACUCGCCUCACUCCGUGCGGGACUCACCAUGAUGACUAGGGAGGAGUCCAAGUAAGAUUUUCGAGGUCGUCACUAUAACAACUAAUGUAGUCAUCCACAAUGCCUCGGAACUUGAUCAUUAAUUGCCUUCAUAUCCUCGUCAUAAUUAUCUAUAGACUAUGUCAUUGCUGGCAUGCUAGUUACAAGGAAUGCUUGUGCCCUGGUCAGCUAGGCUGUGUUUCCAUCAUCAGAAUCUCCUCAGGACUUCCAGGGGUGCAAAAAAGUAGACAAAACAGAAUCGUUUGCACCCCUACACCCUUCUCAUAGCAAGCACAUUGACUCACUGUGUAAAACUGAGCGAGUGUAUGAGUGAAUAUCAACAGCAACACUCACUCGUUAUCAUUUCAGUGUCUACCACAGCCUGGCUUGGCCUUUGAACAUGCAGAGCCAUUUGUUUUCAGUUUGUAAUGUAUCUUAUAAUUUACCUGUUCUCAUUUGACCCACCUGAGUUCAUUGACAGGAAUCAAAUGUUCCAGGUCAUGCUGGAGGUGUUUAUUCACCCCUCCUAACAUGGACACGUCAAAAAGAAACAUGCAGUGUUGGUGGCUUGUAAAGAUCAUGAAUAUGGUUGUAUUACAAUAGAGGCUGUUAUAAAGUUGUUUAUGUAUUGUAACAGUCACAUUCGACUGGGGAAGCUUAUGAAUCAACUCCUUGUCCUAGUCUACUUUGUCCAGUGCCUCGUCACUUGUAUGUAAAUUUUUGUGUUGUGUUCUCCCUCUGGCUAUUCAUGUGUGACUGGAAAACUGGUCACUCCAUAGUCUUAUUUCACACUAUUUCUCAAGAAUAGUUUUGUUUCUCUUUAUAUAAGUGCAUCAGUUCUUUGUCUAUCACAAAUGAGCUCCAUGAGACUGUUGAUGGACAACAUACUCAAAUGAAAGUCACGGCAGAACUUUGUUCUGUUGAAUGAUUGUUAAUUUUUUUGACUUAGUAAGUUCAGCUCUAGCACUCCAUAGAACUCUGUCUCUAACUCUAUUUUGGCUGUUUAACUGUUUAUAUCACAUAUUUAAAAAACAAAACAAUUAAAAUGUUAGAUAAGUUGUAGUGGAAUAGCAGUGAAUGUUAAGGGCUCUAUUUUACAUGGAUUGAGAUGCUUGCCCUCAUGUCAAAAAUCUUGUAUUACUUCAGGUAAACUGUGCUUCUUUCAUAUUUUGACAUCAGGGCCAGUAUUUGGUCCUGUUUUACACUGAAUUGCCCUCAUUGUUUGAUAUUUAGCCACUUAAGACUACCUUUCUAAAUCAAAUUACACACCCUUAAAAGUUAUCUGCUAGGAACAAGUGUGCUUCAUGAUCUUCUGACAGUAUUUUAACAUAAGAUCCUUGUUCAGUAUCACAUAGAAUGUAAAACUGCAUGCUUUGAUGUUUGUUUCAAUGUCCAUUGAAAAGCAGCUGAUGGCUGUCACAGGCAGCAUGUCAAUGUGAAUUUUUUUUAUUUUUUUUUGGUUAUAAGUGCACAUUUAAAAGCACGAAUAUAUAUAUAUAUUUUUUCUGUCCCCUGCUAUAAAAUGUGAAGCAAAGGAGAAGUGGUUGCCAAUUUAAACAGUCUUUAAAUUUUCACUUUGAUUUUACAAAGCAGAAUUUUAUGAGAGGGAUAAUUUGUAAGGCAACUCUAGAUAGCCCAGUAGAAAGGUUCCUUAUCCUUUCUUGCAUUUGGACGCUUAGAAUUUGGCUCGAUUUCCACUCCUAACAAUAAUCUGAUCUGAUGAAAUGUAUCCCGCGGAGUGUUUCUUUUUGUUGACCUACAAUUGUUUAUUAUUGAAGUUUUCAUAUUGAGUGUCUGAGCUAUAGAUCUCCCUGCUGCAGGAAAGUAAGAUUUGAUCUUCGCUAUUGUAUUUGUUUUAUGACUCGUGCAAAAUAAGGUAGGUGGGGGGGGAUCACUGAGACAAAAUCAGCUGUGUCUAUACUCUGUACUAUACACAGUUGUCAUUUGUACCACUAUCAGUGUCUAAUGUUGUGCACAGCAUUUCUUAAGAUUUUCCUUCAUACAGGGUUCUUAACACAAAUGCCUGGCUAAGUCAGUGUAUAAUGAUCCCUUGUUUCAGAUUCCAUGUGUAUUUAGUUCAGGUUGGCUUUUCACAUUUUCAUUGUGUGAGUGUAACUGGUUUAUGUUUUUUCUCCCAUCCUGAAGAAACAUUUUGUUUGCACCCUUAAUCUUUUACUUGCACUGUAAUUAUGUCUGCAUCUUAAACUUUCUGUUAAACAGCAGAGACAUGGAGAUAUAUCAUGUCAGUACACUUUACGUUAGGUCAUUUAUAAAAAGAAAAAAACAAAAAAAACAAUUAUGUAACGGUUCCCUAAUUAAUGGGAGGAUUUUGUAAGAUUUAUGUAUCAUAAAGACAUUGGAGCAUGUAGUCCCAUUGAAUUAUAGAUUUAUUUUCCAUGUUUCCUCUCCCAUUUCCUUUUUUUUUUUUUUUUUUUUUUUUGUGUGUGUGUGUGAAACAGUCAAAAAUGUUUUAUGUAGAAGGGGGGGGAAAAAACUUCACAGCAGUUAUUUGGUGUUCUGUCAAUCUGUGGGGAGGGAAGGGGGACUGUGUUUUUUGGUAUGUGAACUUGAAAGCAUGCAUUGUGUUAGAGUAUAUAAUAUUCUAUACUGGGACUUUGUCUAGCCUUGUGGUAGUGUAGGGGUAAAAUGGUGCAUGGACAGUUUUUCAGAGAGUCUGGAUGCCAUGUGCAAGGGGAAACUUUCAGUCAGUCAGUCAGUUCGCAACUCCUGUUUAUUGUGUUUUCAUUUUGUUUUGUCCAAACCUAUCUGGAUAAAAUGUUUAGCACUAAAUGGAUAUUUAGAAGGUGACCCAAUUGGUCAGGGGCGCAGACCUGUCUUAUUUGUUCACAUUAAAGUCUGCCACAAUAGUCAGCAUCACCUGCAUGCUUGGAUAUACAGUACAUACACACGUGUGCACGUGGGCACACAUACCAAGAAAGGCAUUUAAACUUGUAUUGCAAACCUGCUCCUUACACCAGAUGUUUUGAAUGUGUUAAGUUAUCGACUGUAUUGAUGUCAUGUGUGACCUUUUGUCUAAACAAAGUUUGUGGAGCUAAGUGUUCUGGAAAUGAAUAGUCAGAUUGUCCUUUAAUAUAUAAAUAUAUAUAUAAACAGUUUUGUUUGUUUUUUAAA